AUGAGUAGCGAUAAUCUAAGAAAAGGAUUAAUAAAUGAUAGCUUCGGGGAUUUUGGGAGUUUCGUAGAGACCCUCAUCCCAGAGCAGAAAAAAACAGCAAGAGAAAAAGCAGGAUUCUUGGGGAAGUUGUUUGUAUCCUGGAUUUAUCCAACGCUGUAAGAUUUAAUUAUAAGUUUUAGAAAACUAGCUUAAAAACAGCCAUUAGAAGUGGAAACUAUUCAGCCACUUUCAAAAACAGAGAGAUCAUAAUAUUUAUUUGAGAAAUUUAAAAAUUAGUUGAUCAUUACCUAGAGAGGGGAAAACACAAUAUUUAAGGCUUUGUAUUACACUUUUCAGAAGCAAAUCAUAAUUACUUUUGUAUGGUUGAUAAUAUCAGUCAGUACCGCUGUAAUCAUCCCAAUGAUGAUUAAAAGCAUUAUAGAUUAUAUUACAAAUUAGGAAGAAGACUAUUAUUAUGCUUCGACAAUUAUCGCUGUUAUUAUAAUAUCAAGAGCAAUCAACAUGAUAGCAAAUGCUUAAGCAAGACUAGAGAUUGUAAUUAAGAAUUGAUAUUUUAAGAGAUCUUUCGGAUUCGACGCCUAAUCUGUGCUUUCGGUAGAAUUAAUGAAUAAAAGCUUACGAACUUCUUUCUUAAGCAAUCCUAGAUACACGACUGGAGAAGUGAUAAAUUUGAUGUAGGUGGAUGCAGGGAAACUAUAAUUUGUUACUUAUUAUUUAGGUGUUGCUGCAUUGGUUCCAAUCUAAUUAAUAGUUACUAUAUAUUUAAUGUUUGCUUAUAUUGGAUUGUCAUUUCUCGGUGGAUUUGGAAUAAUGAUCUUAACGGCAGUGUGGAAUACCUUGAUAGGAAAGUUCCUCAUGAAAUACUAAUAGACAAUGAUGAAGGAGAAGGACAAGAGAACAAAUUGUGCAAAUUAGAUAUUUUCAUAAAUCAAGUUCAUUAAAAUAAAUGCAUUUGAAGAGUUCUUUAGAGAAAAACUGUUCAAAUUGAGGAAAGCUGAGAUUGAUAUCACCAGAAAGCGUUACUUUGGAACUGCAUUUUACAUAUUUUCAGUAUGGCUAAGUCCACUAUUAAUAUUGUGUGGAACCUUCCUUAUGCACAUUCUAUUAGGUCAUCAACUAAGCGCUGGCAGUACCUUUGCAAUUAUCAGCUUAUUCUAAAUGUUACAAUAGCCUUUGUUGCAAUUGCCAAUAGCCAUUAAUGAAGUCAUGGCUACUAACAUAAGUUUAAAAAGAAUAUAGAAAUUUUUAUUUACUGAUGAAUUAUAAUCUGAUUGCAUUUAGUUUGAUUAUUAUGGGGAUGAAAAAUCAGUUGAAAUAAGAGAUGGUAACUUCUAUUGGUCAACACUCAAAAAGGAGGAGAUUGAUGAGUAAGAGAAGAAGGAGUAGGAAAACAAGAAGAAGAAGAAAUAAAAGAAAAGUAAAAAGCUUCAGGUAGAGGAAUAAAGUCAGAAGGAAAACGAGAAGAAGCAAGUCUUAUUUAAUAUCAAUAUGGAAAUAAAAAAGGGGAUGUUAAUUGGUAUAAUAGGAGAUGUGGGAUCAGGCAAGACUUCAAUAAUUUAGGCCAUAAUAGGGGAGAUGUUGUAUAACCCUGAGAAUCCUCCUAAGGUUACGAUAACAGGGUCAUUGGCAUAUGUAGGAUAGAAAUAUUGGAUACAAAAUUUAACUGUAAAAGAAAACAUCUUAUUCGGAUUAGAGUAUAAAGAAUAGAAAUACUAGAAUGCACUUAAAUAUUCCUGUUUAUAGUAGGAUUUGAAGAUAUUAAUAAAAGGGGACGAGACUAUGAUUGGAGAAAAGGGAAUAAACCUAUCUGGUGGAUAAAAGGCAAGAAUAAGUUUGGCUAGGGCUAUCUACAGUGAUGCUGACAUAAUAUUAUUGGAUGAUCCAAUCAGUGCAGUUGAUGCUCAUGUUGGAAAUUUCAUUAUGAAUGAAUGUUUAAAUGGAUAUUUGAGAAAUAAAACAAGAAUUCUUAUCACUCAUGCCUUAAAUAAUUUACAGUAUGUAGACUACGUCUAUUUACUUGAAAAUGGAGCAGUAAUUGAAUAGGGAACAUUCCAAGAAAUUAAACAAUCACCUAGCUUUGAUUCAAUAUUCCAAAAGCUAUACAAAAAUCAACAUCAAAAUGAGGAUGAAGAGACAAUUGAGUAGAAGGUCGAGGAAAUUCCUUAAUUAGUUAAAUAAGCAUCAUCUAAGGAGGAACCCAAAAAUGACUAGAAUAAUGAAUUGAUGCUAGAUGAAGAUAGAGAAAGGGGGAAUUUGGCAUUAGAAACUUACAAAUAAUACUUUAAAUUAACUGGAUAUUUCAAUAUAAUUUUGUUGGUGUUUAUAUAGAUUUGUUGGAUAGGAUGCUAUUUUGGUACUUCGAUUUUGAUUGCUCUUUGGACUUCUAAGGCAGAGGAGGAUGAAGAAAUCGAUAACUAUAAAUAUUUAGAAGUCUACUUUUAUUUCUCAUUGGGAUAGGGAGUAUUUGCAUUUCUGAGACCUCUGUUGUUAGUUUCGGCUGGUACAAGAACAUCUGACAAAAUCCAUACAAAAAUGAUAAAGUAAAGAGUAUAAUUAAUGAUAGCUGUUUAUUAUAUGCUCCAUAAUGUUCAUUUUUUGAAAGAGUUCCAUUAGGUAGAAUAUUGAAUAGAUUGACAAAGGAUUAAAAUUCAUUGGAUAGUGAAAUAUAUUGGGGAUUGAGUUGGUUUUUUAUCUCUACGAGUUUAUUGAUAGCAAACUUGACUAUUUAUGUUUACUCAAGUACUGCUUACAUGCUGAUCCCCUUAUUCUUUUACUUCGCUCUAUGUUGGUGGAUUCAAUAGUUAUAUGUGACUGCCAGUAGAGAAUUACAAAGGUUGGAAUCCAUCUCUAAGAGUCCUAUAGUGAGUUUCUUUGGUGAAUGCAUAAAUGGGUAGAGUUAUGUGAGAGUAUUUAAGAAGGAAAGUAAGUUCAUAGAAAAACAUUGUGAUAAUAUGGAUGUAAAUCGAAGAGUGUUCUUAGAAUUAAUAGGAACUUAGACAUGGUUUAUGUUGGUAUUGGGAUUGGUAAGCUUAGUUGUUAAUGCCAUGGCAAUAGCUUAUUGUGUAUUCUUCUCCUUUUCUAAUCCAUCUUUGGCUGGAUUGUUAUUGACAUAUGCAACUUAAAUAGAUGGUAAUGUCUCAGAAUGUGUUCAAUCCUUUAGUUAAUUGUAAUUGGGAUUGGUUUCAUUUGAGAGAUGCUUGGCAUUCACCAAGAUAGAACCUGAACCGGGAUAUAAAGAGUUGGUUGAUAAUCAUUUAGUGGAAGCCUCUCAUUAAGAGAAUUAUUUAGAUCAUUGGCCAAAAGAGGGAAGAAUAGAAUAUGCCAAUUAUUCAGUCAGGUAUCGAGAAGGAUUGAAACCUGCUUUGAAGAAUCUAAAUUUUACUAUUGAUCCUUAAGAUAAGAUUGGAGUUGUAGGUAGAACUGGAGCAGGUAAGUCUACUAUGACACUAACUCUCCUAAGAAUUCUUGAGGCUCUUGAAGGCAAGAUUGUUAUUGAUAAUGUUGAUAUAUCCGCUAUCUCAUUAAAAUAACUUAGAGAGCAUAUUACUAUGAUUAUGCAAGAUUCCACGAUCUUCGAUGGUACUUUAAGAGAGAACAUAGACCCUUUAAAUUAGAGAACGGAUGAAGAAAUCGUAAGUGUCUUGGAGCAAUGUUGUUUGAAAGAUUUGACUUAGUAGAGGAAUGGAUUAAAUACUUAAAUUAGUGAAGGAGGAGACAACCUGAGUUCUGGAGAGAAGUAAUUAAUUUGCAUUGCCAGGGCUGUUUUAAAAAAAAGUAAAGUCGUUCUCAUCGAUGAGGCAACUGCAAAUAUUGAUGUUGAAACUGAGCAUAAGAUACAAGAAACAAUAUUGAGUGCAUUCAAGGAUUGCACUGUUAUUACAAUUGCUCAUAGAAUCAAUACGAUUUUGCAUUGUGAUAAGUAAUAAUUAAUUUUGAUAUUUUAGAAUUAUUGUUGUUGAUGCAGGAGAAAUCAAAGAGUAUGGCAAGACAAAGGACUUAUUAUUGUUGAAAGAUUCCAUUUUCUAUGGUAUUUAUUAAGAAGCAUUGAAACAUAACAAAAAUUGA